GUAUCAGGAAAUGUAUUAAAAAGUAAUAAUAAUAUUUAUUUAUUAGAUUUCUGGUCAAUUUCUAAUUCACUUUACAUCAAGUGAACAGAAGAAUACUAACAAUAUCCAAGACAGUGCCUACACACUUACAUUACAGUAUACUGAAUUUUACUGAAGUUUACUGAUUUCAGAUCCUAACCCUCCUAUACAAGAGAAUGAGUCUCCAGCCAAUAAUCCUGAAGCCCCUCUCCCUCCUCUUCCAGUUGGUUUGACUGGUGAUAUAUCCUCUCAGUUAGCAGCUGCAUCAGACCAUGCUACCUAAUCUUGUGGGUACUUCUUUGAUGAAAGAACUGGUUAUUACUAUGACCACAAUACUGGACUCUACUAUGAUCAGGAGGAAGAGGUAUGGUAUUGAACUACCACAAUCAGCUGUUAGAGACGAUAGUCCAUCAACAGUGAAUGACCCCAUUAGUUCUAGUAAUAAAGGACAUCAAAUGUUAAAUAAGUUUGGAUUGAGAGAAGGAGAUUCACUUGGGGCAGCUGACAAUAAAGGAAUAACAGAACCAGUGCUAAUGUUAUCAAGGCUAGUAAACCAAUCGGUGGUAUGUGGAUAGCUCUGUCCUUCCUCUGGCUAUUAUUAGUACCCUGGGCAGCCAUCAUGAUAUUCCUAAUUCGUCGUUAUUAUCGUCUGUCUGGGGGUACAUUAGAUAAUGCAGCUUGCUGAGGCUGCCAAAGGUGCUGCUGGUAACAAAUAUGUGAGAGACGCAACCAAAGGAGCAGUUAGAGCCGGAGUGAGUGCCUCAGUAGCAGCUGCCACUUCCAGCGACUGAUUGGAAUAAUGGAGGAGAGGGAGAGAGUGCUGGCUGGGACUAAUAGUACUUGACUUAUUAUCAUUAUUAUUCAGUAUUGUUGUUGUUGUUGUUGUUAUUAUUACUUGAUUAUUAUUUGAAAUUGUCAGCUGUUUGAUUUUAUUAUGCAUAGAUCUAAAUGAAUUCCUAUUACUAUUUCUAAG